UUCUGGAAAAGAAUUCAUCAAAGGAGUACAGUGGAUGGUCAAGCAGGAACUUCCAAAGGCUGUGUACCUCCUCAUUGGUGCAGAAUUUUGUGAAAGAUUUUCCUUUUGUGGCAUAAGGACAAUAUUGUCGCUGUAUCUGAGGAAUAACUUACUAUUUGAUGAAAAUACUUCCACAGUUAUAUAUCAUGUAUUCAUAAUGCUAUGCUACGUAGUUCCAUUGGUUGGAGCCAUUUUAGCAGACAGUUUCUUGGGAAGAUACAAAACAAUCUUGUAUUUUUCUCUCAUAUACACUGCUGGAAACAUCUUACUGUGUCUUGCUGCCAUCCCUCCAAUUUCUCUUCCUCCAGUAUCAUGUUCAUUGAUUGGACUGUUACUUGUAGCUGUUGGAUCAGGUGGAAUAAAGCCUUGUGUUGCAGCAUUUGGAGGAGACCAGUUCCACUUGCCAGAGGAAGAAGAACUGCUUGACAAAUUUUUUUCCUAUUUCUACUUCAGCAUUAAUUUUGGUGGAUUCAUUGGAAUGAUAUUUACACCCAUUUUACGCAAAUCAUUUAUGUGCUUUGGAGACGAUCAGUGCUAUGCAGUUGGAUUUGGGUUCCCAGCUCUACUUGUCAUAUUGUCAUUGUAUCUGUAUGUUUUUGGUAAGGAUCUAUUCAGAAUCAGAUGUCCAAAGGAAAACAUUAUACUGAAGUUUAUAUGCUGUACGUAUUAUGCUGUUAAAAGAAGACUGGAAUCUAAAGUCCUUUACACUGAUCACUGGCUGGAUGCAGCUAUUGAAAAAUACAGUGAGAAGUUAAUAGAUGAUAUGAAAAUUGUGUUCGGAAUUUUUUUUCUGUUUAUUCCAGUUCCAUUAUUUUGGAGCUUAUUUGAUCAACAGGGUUCACGGUGGACAUUUCAAGCUUCACGUAUGCGUGGGGAUUUCCUGGGAAUGCAGCUGAUACCAGAUCAGAUGCAGGUCCUAAAUCCUGCCAUUGUUCUGGUACUAAUUCCCUUGUUUGACAGAUCAAUUUAUCCUGUAAUUGGAUAUAACAACACAGUGUCAUCACUUUUGACAAAAAUGUUUGCUGGUGGCAUCAUUGCAAGUUUUGCUUUCAUCACUUCUGGAGCAAUAGAGAUUAAACUAGAGGAAUCAUACCCAGUCCUUCCUGAAAAAGACAGUACUCAUUUGAACUUCAUCAAUACCGUGCCAUGUAGAAUUGAAAUUGUUAAUCCUUUCAAUGGUUUACAAAUAGUUAAUGGAUCUUCAAACUUUGUGUUUAAGAAUGUGAACAUAAAAAAUAUAACUGCUUAUGACUUCAUGGUUUUUGCUCCAUCUGACUGUAGUCACUUGUUGAUUACUGAACAACAGCUAUACAUUAAUGUGUUAACCUCUGAACAACAGGUAGAGGAGAUAAUUAUAUGUGCAGUAAAUUCUCAGCUAAUGGCCUACGUUACACAGUUUGAAGAUCUGAACAAAACUCUGAGUGGAAAAUCUAAAAUUAGGUACAGUUCAGAAUAUAUGGAUCUUCAGUAUCGUAUGAUAAAAUCUCUAAUCACUUACAUAAGAGGCAGGAAUGUGCCUCCAAAUUCAGCAGUUGUAUUCAAAGGAGGAACUGGCAUUCAGGAUCUUAAUUUCACUCAAGGAGAGACAUUUAGUAGUACAGAAUUUACAGAGCUUGAAGCAGGAAAGUACACGUACUGCUUGAGUGUUGAUAACAGUAUGAGUUCAGCCACCUGUUCAGAAGUGCUUCUGCAUCCAGGAGGAGUUUAUAUUUUAAUUCUUCAGCAAGAAGGCUAUAGUUUUGUGUUUUCAAAGCUGUUUGUUAUAACACUACCAAACACUCUAUCAAUGUUGUGGUUGAUUCCACAGUACAUCCUAAUUUCUAUUGCAGAAGUAUUGUUUGCAAUUCCAGGCUUAGAGUUCUCCUUUUUACAGGCUCCUAAAAGCUUGAGAACAAUAACGAUAGCUGCAUGGUACCUGUGUGUUGCAAUUGGAAAUUUGAUUGUAAUUCUUAUAACUCAAGCAAGAUUCUUCAGAAGCCAGGCAGUUGAGUUCUUUUUAUUUGCUGGGCUUCUUCUGGGAGACAUGGUAGUAUUUUUCUUUAUUGCACGGAGCUACAAAUCUGUAUUGCUUGAAGGAGAUGGUUCCAGUACUAUGAUUGAUGAUCCCCUUUUCGUUAGAGCGUCUGAAGAAUUAGUCAAGUGA